GUUGGCUGGUGUGCUACUCAAAGUGUCCCGAUCGGUAUCGGCGUCACCGAUCCGCUCCCACAGUCUGGUUUGAUUCGCCGACGGUUGGCUGUACGCUUGGAAAGCGAACGAACGCUUUGAGGAAACUAAUCCACCGGCCCAAAAACCCAACAAAAUCUAUAGUUGCAUAAAUGUGAAGUAACACGCUCUCUGUGUUUGUAAUCACGUGUAGCGGUGCUGUGUGUGUGUGUGUGUGCCUGCGUGGCUCUCGGUGCGUGUUGACCUGCCGGAUGAGUGCCGGAGCGACGGUGAGCUUGCUAGCUGAGCGCUGAGGGAAGCGCAGGUUUCGCUCUCAUCGCGGUUUCCCCCCGCCCCCCCGCCCCUUCGCAGCGCCAUCGCCAUCAUGGACGAGAACGAGGUGAUGGCGGCGUUCAUGUGGAGCAAACACUCGAAGGAGAUGUACACGAACCAGGGCCUGAAGGACCUGCACCAUCUGCACCAGGACUUUAUCAUCAACGACUACACCGACAAGAUAGCGACCAACAUCGAUCUGCUCGACACGGAGCUCAAGUUUGCGUGGGCGGCACUGAACCUGUUGAACGAGGAGUACACCAAGAUGUCGGAGAAGGUGUUCAAGCUGCAGUCGCUCAACAUAUCGCAGCAGCGGAUCGUGCAGAAUCUGCAGUUUAUGGAGGAAAACCGGAAGGCGUACCUGGACAUGAUACCGGACUACGCCAAGCACCACGAGUACUCGCUGCAGGAGCAGUCCCGGCUCCGGCAGGACCUCGAGUAUCGCGAUCGCAUCAACGAGGCCCUCAAUACCGGUCUCAUACCACUGCAGGAGGACGAGCAGGAGGAGCAGGAGUAUCUGCUGAUGCAACAGCAGCACCAGCAGCAGCACCAGCAACAGCAUCAGCAGCAGCUCCACCAGCUACAGCAGCAGCAACAGGAGCAACUGCUGUUCCAGCACCAGCUACAGAGCUCGAUGCAGAUGCUGCACACCGCAUCCCAGCAGGCGGUGUACGAUAUGAAUCAAUCGCUCGAGCAACAGCGCCUACAGCUGCACCAACACCAGCAGCACCACUUUCUGCAGCAGCAGCAGCAGCAGCAGCAGAACCUACAGUACGAGCAGCAGUACCUGGCGAUGCAGCGGAACCUGAGCAAUGUGCCGGAAGCGCUGCAGGAGCAGUACGCCAAGCUGCUCCAAUCACACCUGGAAGCGGACGCGUACGCCCAGCCGUUACUGGCGCGUGCUACCGCUACGACCACUGCUGCUGCUGCUCCGGCUGCUGCUGGCGACGGCGAUUUGACCGGGCGGCUCUCAACGAACCCCUUCCUGCCCGGGACGGCCGACGGUGGCCCCCGCGGGGGGUUGCUGCAUCCCAUCGACACUGCGGCCGACAGUGCGGCGACGAUCGAGGAACAGCUGCGCACCUCCUUCCUGAACCACGCCAAACAGCUCGAGCUCGAGUUUGGCGAGGCGGCGAGAACGCCGCGGAACGGUCGCACUGCGAAACCGUACCCGGCCGACCGGCACGGGCGGGAGCUCCAGGGCGACGAGGUCCGGGAGCUGAUCAACAAGAUCAUGAGCGAGGAGGACGUGGCGUCGCUGAGCAGCGACGAGAUGGAUCGGGUCCGGUGCUUCAUGGCGAAGCACUGCACCGAGCUGAUGGACGCGUUCGACGAUGAACUGCACCCGGCCGUCUACCCGGUGAAGGCGGCUGAGCUGCUGGUUGCGCGCACCAGGCAGCCGCUGCUGCAGCCGCUAGUACCGGAAGGGUUGGCCACACUCACCCAGGACGAUCUGCUGACGGUCGAGAACGGUACGAUCACGAUCCAGGGCAGUGGGUCCGAGGGUGACUUCCGGUUUAACCGGCACGCUCAUGCGACGGCCGCCGCUACCGACGCCACGCUGAUGGUGCCCGAACGAUCGCCCGAAAAGCUGAUGGAGUUCUCACCGUUCGGCUUGCAGUCGGUGACCACGGCCGCCCUGACGGUGGGGAAGGGUGAUACGGAUAGGGUGGGAGACCUAGCGGAGGCCGGUGGUGUGGGUGAAGCCUUGGGUGAACGGGCGCUACCACGCAACGACGCGGAAACUAUCAUCAACAAGGUCCGGGCGGACCACCCGGAGGUGCCAGCCGCCGCCGCCGCCGCCGCCGCCACCGCCGCCACGUGUCAGCAGGGACCGGAAGCGGCGCCAGUGUCCCCGAACAUCACCACCACGAUCCCGAUGACGUUCGCCUGUACCAACCUGGCCGGACUGUCGGGUGCCACCGCUGGUGGUGGUGGUGCCUUCCCCACGAUGCGGCCCAACAUAACCGAGGCGCUCGAGAUGACGUCGGUGUGCGUGGUAUCGCAGACCAGCAGCAGCCGCCAGCACCACCAGCCGACGGCCGGUGUGUCGAGUGUUUCGGCUGCUGCUGCUGCUAGCAUCACCGUUGCGGCCGCGGCCACCACCACCACUACCACCUCCCGUAAAGCCAGCCUAACGAGCCAGCCAACGGGGAACGGUGGUGAGACG